GUGACAGGCGGAGGGCGGGGAGACACUCGGUGUACCCGCAUCCCUCACAUUCACCGUUUAGGGGUUGCAGACUACACGUCAGACAGACAGACAGAGACAGACAGACAGAUAGAUAGAGAGAGGCAGGCAGUCAGUCUGCCCGAUCCCCCCCUGCCCGCCCCCCUAUAGGGCGCUUUGUACCGCUCUUUAUCUCUCCCCCCACCAUAACCACCACGCGCUGCAGGAUGCUGAGCAUGGAGGAGCUCCGGGAGAUGGACUGCAGUGUGCUGAGGAAGCUGCUGAAGAGGGACGGGAUGCCCGGCCGUACCAGCGGAGUCCGUAACCACCAUCGCCCCCCGGGCUCCCCCAGCAAUGUGGGGGUGGCCGGCACCUGCCUGCUGCUGGACUGCAGACCCUUCCUGGCGCACAGCGCCGGCCACAUCCAGGGCUCCGUCAACGUGCGCUGUAACACCAUCGUACGGCGCCGGGCCAAGGGCUCGGUCAGCCUGGAGCAGAUCUUGCCGGCUGGGGGCAAGGAGGACGACGAGGUGCUGAGCCGCCUGCGCUCCGGGCUCUACUCGGCCGUCAUCGUGUACGACGAACGGAGCGCCCGAGCCGAGUCCCUGCGGGAGGACAGCACCGUGUCCCUGGUGGUCCAGGCUCUGAGGAAGGACACCGACAGCACUGACAUCUGCUUACUGAAAGGGGGAUAUGAACGGUUCCAUUCAGAAUACCCAGAGUUCUGUGCAAAAACAAAAUCCAUAAACAGUAUUUCAUUGCCUGCUAGUAUUGAACCUGCUGAUAUGGGCUGCAGUUCGUGUGCAACACCAUUGCAUGACCAGGGUGGACCAGUUGAGAUCCUUCCUUUCCUGUACCUCGGCAGUGCUUAUCAUGCUGCCAGAAGAGACAUGUUGGAUGCCUUGGGGAUCACCGCCUUAUUGAAUGUAUCUUCUGAUUGCCCGAACCAUUUUGAAGGUCAUUUUCAGUAUAAAUGCAUACCGGUGGAAGAUAACCACAAAGCGGACAUCAGCUCCUGGUUUAUUGAAGCAAUAGACUAUAUUGAUUCCAUUAAGGAUAAUAAUGGACGUGUUCUUGUUCACUGCCAAGCUGGCAUUUCUCGUUCCGCUACGAUCUGCUUGGCCUAUCUGAUGAUGAAGAAGAGAGUGCGACUAGAAGAAGCAUUUGAGUUUGUGAAGCAACGUCGAAGUAUCAUCUCCCCUAACUUUAGCUUCAUGGGACAGUUGCUACAGUUUGAAUCUCAGGUCCUGACUACUACGUGUGCUACUGAGGCUGCUAGCCCAUCGGCGACGUUGCAGCGUAGCAAGCCUUCCUCGUCGCCAACAUCUCCUUUCGUUUUCAGUUUUCCUGUGUCUGUAGCGGCCCCUAGUAGCCUUUAUCUUCACAGUCCUAUUACCACCUCACCCAGUUGUUAA